UGCAUAUACAAUAUUUUGAGUGCAAACCAGCAUUUACCAUUUACACAAUAUUUAUGAAUAGCAAAAAUUACAGCUUAAAAUGUAGGAAGAAGAUGCAAUUCACUGCCACCGGAGCGGAUGUAAUAAAUGGAUGUAUACAAAUGGAAUGGGGACCUCAGCUCGGCUAGCAUAGCAUCAUCACUCACACACCUCCGUACAAAUUCGUAUGUGUGUAUAAUGUGCGUAUUUCUCGGAUAAUAUUUCUUGGACAAUGCGAGAAUUGCGAGUGAAUGGAUGAUCCAUGCCCUCCGAUGAAUUCCUCACCGACAUUCUGCACCAUUCACACGCACUAGCUCACCUUCUCGCGAACCCACUCUCUUUCUCUCUCGUCUAAUUUUCUAGAUUCUUACAUUGUAUCCGCCGCCGUCGAAUCACGACGGAUCUCACACACUUGUCUUCCCUAAGACAUUGGUUGCUUUACUUUUGUUGAUCUAGGAUCGCCAAAGAUCGAAUCUUUUUUUUCAUUGAAUCGCAAUGUGCUCGUCGUAUAACGAAUUUUUUUGAAUUUGUGUUUUGGGGGAGAAUCGGAGGUUCAAUCUGAAGAAGAAUCUGGUCCAUUAGAUUCGGUAAUUUAGUUGUGUUAUCAAAUCCAUAUCAGCUCGAUUGCAUGAUUUCCGCCUUAUUUGGGGAAAAUAUCCGAUCUUGAAGCGGCAGUGCAGGUGGGGCUGAGGGACUUUUAUGGGGUGGUUGAGAUGCGCAGAAUAUAGGGCUGUGAGGAGAGUGAUAGGAAGAGGAGAAGGCGGGGAAUGAUGGGGCACAAAACGGCGGCGUUUGGAGGGGAGAGGCUGAGGAAUACUGGGUUGGUGUCACGGUCGAGAGUGAAGCUAUGGAUGAUCAGAGCAACCACCACGAUUUUGUUGUGGACUUGUGUAGUUCAGUUGACGGCAUUGAGCGAAACUUGGGGGCCUCGCGUCUUGAAAGGCUGGCCCUCUUGCUUCUUGCACGAACCCGAUACUGCUGCCCUCGCCUUGAGCCGCCUCCCUGUUACAACUCCUCCACCCAAGAGGGUCUAUAAAAACAACGGUUACUUAAUGGUUUCGUGCAAUGGAGGGCUUAAUCAAAUGAGGGCAGCAAUAUGUGACAUGGUUACUAUUGCAAGAUCUUUGAAUGUUACGUUGAUAGUUCCUGAACUUGAUAAGACUUCGUUUUGGAAUGAUCCGAGUGAAUUUCAAGACAUAUUUGAUGUCGAUCAUUUCAUUACUUCACUGAGAGAUGAAGUUCGGAUACUCAAGGAGCUACCUCCACGUGUCAAGAGCAGAGUGGAGCUCGGAAUUAUUCAUACAAUGCCCCCGAUUAGUUGGUCUGAUAUCUCAUACUACCACAAUCAGGUUCUUCCUCUCAUUCAGAGAUACAAAGUUGUCCAUUUGAAUAGGACAGAUGCUCGUCUAGCAAACAACGGUCAGCCCUUGGAGAUUCAGAGGCUGCGCUGCCGAGUUAACUUUAGUGCCUUAAGAUUUACACCACAAAUAGAAGAACUUGGCAGAAAAGUCAUCAAAAUACUGAGGCAAAAUGGCCCUUUCUUAGUGCUUCAUCUCAGAUACGAGAUGGAUAUGCUAGCCUUCUCUGGUUGUACUCAAGGGUGCAACUCCGAGGAGGUGGAAGAGCUAACGAGCAUGAGAUACGCCUACCCUUGGUGGAAAGAGAAAGUCAUAGAUUCCGAUUUCAAAAGAAAAGAGGGGUUGUGUCCAUUGACACCCGAGGAAACUGCACUCGUAUUGAGGGCAUUGGACAUUGAUCCUACCAUCCAGAUUUACAUUGCUGCUGGGGAAAUAUAUGGCGGUAAACGGAGAUUGUCAACACUCUUAUCCUCGUAUCCAAAUCUUGCUAGGAAGGAGACGCUGUUGGAGCCUUCGGACCUUAUGUUCUUCCAAAACCACUCAUCUCAAAUGGCUGCAUUGGAUUAUCUUGUCUCAUUGGAGAGCGAUAUCUUCGUUCCUACAUACGAUGGCAACAUGGCUAAAGUUGUUGAAGGGCAUCGCAGAUAUCUUGGAUACAAGAAAACAAUCCUCGUGGACAGGAGGCUACUAGUCGACCUAAUAGACCGUUACAGCUCCGGAUCACUAAACUGGGAUGAGUUCUCUAGAGCGGUGAAGGCCGCUCAUGCUGAUCGGAUGGGAAAGCCGAGCAAGAGAUCGGUGAUACCGGAUCGGCCUAAAGAGGAGGAUUACUUCUAUGCCAACCCUUGGGAGUGUUUACAAACAUCAUCAGAUCAUGAGGAAGCAGUAAAUAGUGUGUGAGUGUUGUUGUUGUUGUUGUAAGUAUUUGAUUGACAAAUCCAUGGAGUGGUGUCAUACAAGUAGAGAGUAGCCAUUGUUAUCAACAAAGCUCAAGAGGUGUGGAUGCUUCACAUUUGUUUCUAUACACAUCAAUAAAUACCAUUCUUGUACAGAAUUCAAUUCACUCUGCCUUGUAACACACAUUCAAAUAUAGAUCAUGUUUUUGCUGCAA